GUUGACGUACGAAAAAUGUGCUGCGUCCCACAAGUGCUACAAGAACAUAAGUACAGUCCUCCCUUCCCGGUGUCCCUCAGGCCGAAUCCCCCAUGGGUCUCACUCUCUCCUAUGCAAGUGCAAAGCUGUUACUGGCUGAAGAUGACACACGUGGGAGUACAAGCUCCCCAUCAAGGUGUACCUCAUCAUCGUUGAUUUAUAGAAAAAUAAAAAAGAACGAUUCCGAAGAGCGAAUGGUGUAACGGCUGCAAGGCCGGGCGCUGAAUAAUGUGCUCUGAUGCUAAAGAGCGCGUUAAUUUGCUGCUUCGCUUCAAAACGAGUUUAAGGCUCUAAUUGUAAUUAAUUAGUUGCCUGCUCGUUACUAAAACUUGGAGAAAUGGCAUAAUGAGGGCGUGCUGCCUCUGAGUGUAUUCUGGGGUCACAAAAGCGAAGCAGCAGCAGCGAUCACUAUUGGGGGGGGGUCACAUUAAUUCUGUAGACAUCGGGGCCAUAAACAAAUGACCCGUCUGGAAUAUAAUGUUAUAUCAGAGAAUACUCCUUAAUUAUAACCCGUGUGUUGUGUGCAGGAGGAAAACGUAACUGGUGAUGGAAUAAAGUAGAACAUCUUCCCCAGAUCAAAUAUUUCAAGCCAUCUUUCAACUCUGUUGAUGUCAUUUAGUAAGUGAGACAUCUGACUCUUUUGCAAUAUUCACACUCUUAGUGUGUGCUGAAGGUGGCCUCUCUUAACCGUAGCCCUCUCUCUGCUCCUGGUCGCUUCAUGGUAAUGGUGUCACCUCUAAAACAGUCGUUGAUCUGUCUCUUCUGUAUGGGUGGGCCACCUGUUUGAGGUGAGGCUGCAUGGGAAAGUAGAGCAGAGUUUGUGUGUUGGGGGAGGCUUUGGGGGGCUUAUCUGCCCUCCCCAUCUCCAGCCGGGAGAUCAGGUGGCAGGGCCUGACUGUUAGGGGACUCUGUCAGGAGGUAUAAAUGCUGGGGGGGAAAUGGUCCCCCCCAGAGAGACACCAUCCUGCAGAGCAACAGAGCCAUUAGAGAACAAGCUGGGAAAACAGACAGGCAAAAGGACGGCCGGCUGCCUGCCUGCGAAGGACCCCAAGGGACCAAACGCCAGCUGAGAAACAUAAACAAGGAUGCCAGGUGACCCUGACAUCAUGGAGGACGGGUCCGGGCACUCGGAAACCCCCUGGCGCUCCGUCCCACUGGAGUUGCACCAUCCCUACUCCAGAUUCUCUGACUGGAAGUUCAAGCUCUUCCGCGUCAAGUCCAUGGAGAAAGCCCCCCUGCCGGGAGACUCUCAGCCAGUCGGAGAGCAGCCGCAAAGGGGGCCACCGGAAGCCUGCACCUCAACACCCCCAGAGGUGGCUGUGGAGGAGGGUGCGGGGGUGAGCCCGGGGACCCCCGGGAGUGUGAUGCGCCUCUGUCUGGGGGGGAAAACCAAGGAGAGCCUGGAGAGCGUGGGGCUCCGCGUGGAUCGCAAGCUGCAAGAGAUUGACACCCACAUGAACCACCUGAGGACCCUGUGCCGCCUGUGUGGCACAGCGCUGCACAGAGUGAAAGGCGGCCCAGAGCGGGAGGUCCAGGGAGAGCUGGACGAGAGCAGCAGGAUCUCGCUCCGCAGGAUGGGCUGCAAAGCCAAGGGCUGGCCUGAAGUCAUCCUGAAGGUCUUCAAGGUGGACGUGGCGGGGGACAUGGAGACGGUGCACCCGCCCUCCUUCUGUCACCGCUGCUGGAAGGCCGCCAUGAGGGGGGGGGGCUUCUGCUGCUUCUCGGGGACCCAGCUCGCCCAGUGGACGCCGCACUCGGCCCUCUGCCAUGUCUGCUUUCCCAGAAAGCCGUCGCUGCAGCGGAAGGGGCGGAAGCGCUGUCAGCCGUCCCGGGGAGCCCUCCACCACCUACCCAGGGCCAAGCGGCUCAAAAGCGACCUCCACACCCACAGCCUGGUAGACAAUGGCCGGCCGUGGAGAGCGGCGGACCAGGGGCCCAGCAGCAAUGCCUGGCCCAGGCCCAACCUUCAGAAGGCUCUGUGGGUCCGUAACGUCACCCGUUGCAAGAACGUCCACCUUGGGGCAGACCGGCUCCGUGAAGACUUUCCUAUUGACUUUGUCCGUGCUGUGACGUGCCAGGUGUGUGACCACCUCCUGGCCGAGCCUCUGCAGUCACCGUGCAAACACCUCUUCUGUCGAACCUGCAUCCAGCAGUACAGCCGUGCCGUAGGUCAGCACUGCCCGGCUUGCGGCCUCCCCUGCUCCCCCUUUGACCUGGUGAGCCCCACUAAGGCCUUUCUGGGCAUCUUGAACUCCGUCCCACUAUGCUGCCCCAAGGAAGGUUGUGGGGACCCCGUUCCGCUGGGGUCCUUUGGGACCCACUGCUCAAGUCACCAGGAGGAGAAGGAGGAAGAAGACCAGGCCAGGAAACGACAGUGGCAGGCCUACAGCAAUGGCUACAUGCCCAUCAACAAAGGCGGCAGGCCCAGGCAGCACCUGCUCUCGCUGACCCGCCGGGCUCAGAAGCACCGGCUGAGGGACCUGAAGAACCAGGUGAAGACGUUUGCUGAGAAGGAGGAAGGUGGAGACAUCAAGUCCGUGUGCCUGACGCUCUUCCUGCUUGCGCUCCGGGCUGGAAAUGAGCACAGGCAGGCCGACGAGCUAGAGGCCAUGAUGCAGGGUAGGGGAUUUGGCCUGCAUCCUGCAGUGUGUCUGGCAAUAAGGGUCAACACCUUCCUGAGCUGCAGCCAGUACCACAAAAUGUACCGCACGGUGAAGGCCACCAGUGGGCGCCAGAUCUUCCAGCCCCUGCACACUCUGCGUAGUGUGGAGAAGGAGCUCCUUCCCGGAUUCCAUCAGUUUGAGUGGCAGCCGGCGCUGAAGAAUGUGUCUAGUGCCUGCAAUGUGGGAAUCAUUGAUGGGGUGGCCGGAUGGGCAGCCUCCGUGGAUGAUGCACCGGUGGACACCAUUGCACGCCGAUUCCGCUAUGACGCCGCCCUGGUGGCAGCCCUGAAGGACCUGGAAGAGGACAUUAUGGAAGGGCUGAAGGAACAUGGCCUUGAGGACUCAGAAUGCACGGGAGGGUUCAAGGUGGUGGUGAAGGAGUCAUGUGACGGCAUGGGGGAUGUCAGCGAGAAACACGGGGGUGGACCUUGCGUACCUGAAAAGGCUGUGCGAUUCUCCUUCACAGUGAUGUCAAUCUCUGUCCAGGUAGAGGGACGUCAGGAAGCGAUCACCAUCUUUCAGGAAUUAAAGCCGAAUUCGGAGCUGUCCUGCAAGCCACUCUGUCUUAUGUUUGUAGACGAGUCAGACCAUGAGACCCUCACUGCUGUGCUGGAGCCUGUGGUGGCUGAGCGAAAUGCCAUGAGGGAGAGUCGGCUCAUCCUGUCCGUUGGAGGGCUUCCUCGCUUCUUCCGGUUCCAGUUCCGGGGCACAGGCUACGAUGAGAAGAUGGUGAGAGAGAUGGAGGGCCUUGAGGCUUCUGGGUCCACGUACAUCUGCACCAUGUGUGAUUCCACUAGGAUGGAGGCGUCCAAGAACAUGGUUCUGCACACUAUUACAAGGAGCCACGAAGAGAACCUAGAGCGCUAUGAAAUCUGGCGGACCAACCCCUUCUCAGAGUCUGUGGAGGAGCUUCGGGAUCGGGUCAAGGGCGUCUCAGCUAAGCCUUUCAUGGAGACCCAACCAACCCUGGAUGCCCUGCACUGCGACAUCGGCAAUGCCACCGAAUUCUAUAAAAUCUUCCAAGAUGAAAUCGGUGAGGUCUAUCUGAAGGGCAACCCUAGUCGGGAAGAGAGGAGAAGCUGGAGGUCAGCUCUGGACAAACAGUUGAGAAAGAAGCUGAAGGUGAAACCUGUCAUGCGGAUGAAUGGCAACUACGCCCGUCGGCUCAUGACCCGGGAGGCGGUGGAAGCUGUGUGUGAGCUGGUACCCUCGGAAGCCAGGAGGGAGGCUCUGAAGGAGGUCAUGGAGCUUUACCUACAGAUGAAGCCGGUCUGGCGGGCCAGCUGCCCGGCCAAAGAGUGCCCUGACCAGGUCUGCCGGUACAGCUUCAACUCCCAGCGCUUCGCAGAGCUCCUGUCCACCACCUUCAAAUAUCGCUAUGACGGCAAGAUCACUAACUACCUUCACAAGACCCUUGCCCACGUGCCUGAAAUCAUAGAGCGAGAUGGCUCCAUCGGGGCCUGGGCCAGCGAGGGAAACGAGUCGGGCAACAAGCUUUUCCGCCGUUUCCGCAAGAUGAAUGCGCGGCAGUCGAAGAGCUUCGAGCUGGAGGACGUGCUGAAGCACCAUUGGCUCUACACCUCCAAGUACCUGCAGAAAUUCAUGGAGGCCCACCGGAACUCUGCUAAGGCCUUGGAGGCCACCAUCGACCCGGUGGAGUGCCAGGAUGAUAAUGACUUGGUGCUGGAUGUCACAAACUCACUGAACCUUUAAGGAUGUGGAAAGGGUUUAGAAAUCAAGGUGAAAAGAAUCAGAGUUGGCGUUUUUGUGUGUUAAACGUAUCAUUUUUCUCUUUAUCCUGACAGGGAAUUUGCUCCCAGGGAUAACGGGGAAGCUCACUUUGACCUGCUGUCAUUUUUGUUUAUUACUUAAAUGGAUUUUGAGAUGUCAGAGCAAAGUGUUCUGGGUUUUUAAUUAAAUUUUUGGGUUUUCUUUAAUUCUCAGUGAGCUUUUGGGGAAUUGAAAGAAUAUAUAUUGAUAAUGAUUUAAUAUCCAUUCUCUUUGUCAUCAUAUGACUUGCAUUUGUCAUGAUUAUUUUAUGAAAAUCCCUUUCAUUUAGGUGGAUGGAUAUUUCCUGUCACCUUUAUCCUUUCUCAAGUUCAUAUGUCCAAAAAAACAUUGCCGGCUUUUUCGUAUUCUUUGUUCAGAUUGUCUGAGAUAAUUUUUGCCUCACAUAAAAUAUUGGAAGGCUUAUUGUUUUUUCAGGAUGUGACACAUCCAUGAAUUUAUACAGGGAUAUUAUUUAUGAAAACAGAUUAAAGUGUUGUAAGUCAUGGCAAGGUAAUUGUGGUGAGGGGGCAUACAUUACGUAGAUGGUGUAUUUAUCACCAUGGCAAGAAGAAAAUGGAGUUAAAGAAUCUGAGGUUGUCUUUGUGCCAGUAAAAAUGAUUGCUUUAGGGCUUUUUAUUGGGAUUCCAGGGUGCAAAACGACUUUGAAAUCACUUUUCAGCACCUGCAGGGACAAAAUCAGCUAUUUUGCCUUCACUCCGACUACUGAUGUAGAAUUUGUGAACCUCAUGUUUAAUUUCUAUGCCAUUGUCUGCCUGGAGAUGAAUUCUGUUUUUGUUUUCUUUUGAAAUCUGCUCAUGGGGCCCCCCGUGUUUUUGUGUCUGCAGCCAGCUGCUCUUCUUUGACGUGAACGUUCACUUCUGCAAUUCUGCCCAGGAACAGUCUGUUGGCCCUUAAGCAGAGCACCUCACGGCUGCCAGCAUAGCCCAGCGUAGUUAAAUAUGUGUUUUACCUACGGUGUGGCAUUUAAAAAAAAAAUUUAAGAGCAUGGACGUGGAAGAAUCACAGCUG